AUGCCAAACAAAGGAUACAGCAAACGUAACUACAAGGGACAGCUCACGAUUGUGAAGAAUGUCAUCGAGAAAUACCAUAUAACUCCUGGGAAGUUGAAUGAACAGGGAGCUGAGGUCGAGCUGCUGGCCACCAGAGACACUCUUGAGCGCAUUGAAAAGAAAUUUCAAGCUUUACAGUCUGAGAUAAUCAAUGAAGCCCCACCGGAGACUAAGACGAAAGAACAGGAUGAAUUAUCAGCCUUUCUAGAUGAAUGCCUUGAGGUUGAAAUGACCAUCAGUACACUUUUGGCAAAAUUAACCUCAAAAUCUUCAGAGUCUACAGGCUUGAAUAUCAGUGGGGAACUUGGUGAAUCAGGCAAUGCCAGCAUUGCUUCUCUUGUUUCAUUGAUGACUCAACAGAUGAAGGAGCAAAGGCAGCAAAGAAUUAGUGAGGAGGUAAAGCUCAAAGAAAUUUUAUCUGCGCAAAGGGAGGAGUUUCAAAGAAUGUUGGAGAUAUCCAGAAGUGACUCAAUUACCAACAGAGAAGAAGAUGGUGCCAGACACAAUUCCACAGCAGAGCGUAGAGCCAAAUUGGAGCCCAUAAAGCUCCCCAUGUUCAGUGGAUCCUACGCUGAUUGGCACUCAUUUAAAAAUCUCUUCAUAUCCAGUGUGGGAAAUGACAGGACCUUGUCCAAAUCACAAAAAAUGCACUACUUACUCACGUCUACCAGCGGAGAUGCGUAUGGGCUUUUCAAAAACCUUGAGAUAACGGACUCAAAUUUCGACAUCGCUUGGGAAAGACUGGUAAAGCGCUAUGAGGACAAGAUGAUGAUCAUCACUUCACAUUUUGAGAGAUUCUUGAAGCAACCACAGAUCACCAAACCUGAUGCAGUAGCUCUGAGACAGCUUCAGGCAUCAACAACGCAGUGCUUGGAGGCAAUUGAUGCUUUAAAUGUCAACGAAAGGGAUCCUUGGUUAAUCCACCUGACCUUGAAGCACCUUGACUCCCAGACACAAGAAGCUUGGAGUGAAAAGCAGCCAGAUGGUGUUCCGACGUGGAAAGAUUUCGAUGACUUCCUCAACAAGAGAUGCCGUCAGCUCGAGUCGUGCCCACCUACCGUGCCUAAUCAACAACAACAAUCGCGCAAUUCUCAUUCAAUUGAUUCAUGUAACUAUCAGGCGUGCAAAGAAUGCUCGCAAAAACAUAAUCACCUUUUGCAUAUUGCUUUUUCAAAUGAAAAAUCAAGGUCUCAGUCAGUUGCCAUUACCACUCAGCAAGAGAGUACCACAAAUCCCUUACCUCUUGUAUUGCCAAGAAAUUCCUCUUCCACCGGUACUUCCCUAAGUAUUUCUGGAGCUGAUGGGGGAGUGAAGACUAAGGUUUUGUUUGCAACUGCGAUCGUUUCUCUCUUGGGUCCUGACAAUAUUUCACUGAAGUGCCGAGUAGUACUCGAUCCCGCCUCCCAAAUUAAUAUUAUAACGUCACGCAUGUGCCAAUGUUUAAGUUUGAAGCCAAGACGAAGUAAUCUUGUGGUAGAUGGGGUUGGAUCCAUAUCUCAGGCCAGUCAGCAUGAAGUUGAAAUAAAAAUGCGAUACCAGAGGGGUCUCGAGUUCAUAACUGAGUCACUUGAUUGUAUUGUCAUGCCCAAAGUUGUGGGAGAUCAGCCUAACUGGGAGGUGGACUUAUCACAAAUUCCCUUACCCCCAAAUCUUAAAUUGGCCGAUCCCUCUUGGCAUGUCAGUCAAAAAAUUGAUCUCCUCAUUGGCGGUGCCCAUGUUUGGCAAUAUUUCUUGAAUGAACGCCAGGAAUUAGGUGAGGGAAUGCCCAUUCUUCAGUCAAGCGUGUUCGGAUGGUUGGUUGUAGGACCAUGUCCCGAAGAGAGGGGGCCCACUGGAGCUUGUUACAUAACCACUCUCGCCAGCAUUGACCGGACAAUUAAACGAUUUUGGGAGAUUGAGGAGAUCCCUAAGGAGACAAUUAUUGAAUCUGAACAUCGCGAAGUUGAGGAGCAGUUUCGUUUGACUACUCAUAAAAAUUCAGAGGGUCGAUAUGUUGUUCAAAUUCCCCUGAAACCAAAUAUUGAAGAUCUCUCUGAUAAUAAAUUGAUUGCCACUCGUCAGUUAAACUAUCUCUUGUCCAGAUUGCCAAGGCAUCCAAGACUCUUUGCAGAAUAUGAUACCAUAUUUAAAGAGUACUUGUCACAAGGCAUCAUUGAAAGGGUUCCGCUGACUGAGUUGUCAAAUCCUUCCUAUUACCUUCCUCAUCACGCUGUGGUCAAGGAGAAUGCAGUUUCUACAAAAACUCGAAUUGUAUUCAAUGCAAGUUCUAGGACAAAGACUGGAUUAAGUUUCAAUGACUGCAUUAAAGCUUGCCCUGUAGUGCAACCUACUCUGAUUUCCAUUCUGUGGAGAUUCCGCCUGAAUGAGAUAACACUUACAUGUGAUAUAAAACAGAUGUACCUCCAGGUUGCAUUACAUUCUCCUCAUAAAGACUACCACCGAUUUUUGUGGAGGGAAGGCAGUGAGGUAAUUUAUUAUCGGUUCACGAGGGUGUGCUUCGGAGUGGCUGCAUCCCCAUUUUUGGCCACCCGGGUGUUGAAUAAGAUAGCUGAAGAUGAGAGUCAAACGUACCCCCUUGCCGCGUCAGUUUUGCGUCACAACUUUUAUGUUGAUGACUGCUUGGUUUCAGUGUCAACGGUUCAGGAGGCUUUAACAGUCAAAGAACAACUGACUGGCAUCUUGAGAACUGCUGGAAUGGAAUUAUCCAAAUUCAGAAGCAACCGUCCACAAAUUCUUGCGAACAAUGAUCACAAUGCAGAUGAUUCUGACCUUAUACUGGAUGAAGAGUCAAAAACGCUGGGUAUCAUUUGGAAUCCACGGGAAGAUGAAUUCAAGUUCCGAGUAGCAGAAGAUUUACAGUCCACUCCUGUCACUAAGAGAAACAUACUCUCAAAGAUAGCUCGGAUUUUUGACCCAUGUGGUCUGAUUGCCCCAGUAGUGACGUCAGCCAAAGUGAUUAUGCAAGUUUUGUGGAGAAAAGGGCUUGAAUGGGAUGAUGAGGUUCCGGAAUGUCUGGAUAGACAAUGGAAAGCUUUCGUGGGAGAUUUGAAAAAUGUUGACGACUUAUGCAUUCCUAGAUGGAUUUGUGCGGUAGAAAAUCCAGUGAAGAAGGAGCUUCACGCGUUUUCCGAUGCAAGCAAUCUCGCAUAUGGAGCAGCAGUGUACUUGAUAUAUGAAGACAGUAACCAUAGGCGUUGUUCUGGUUUAGUGAGUGCAAAAUCGAGGUUGAAUCCCAUUAGUUCAAAGGAUGAUCAUGCACAAUCACUUACCAUUCCAAAAGCUGAACUCAGUGGUGCUGAGUUAGCCGUACAACUGAUGUCUGCCGUAGGUGAGUCGUUGGGCAUACAGGAGAGAUAUUACUGGACAGAUGCCAAAGUUGUUCUCUACCAGAUUCACUCCAAAGCUCAUCGAGACGUUUUUGUUCGAAAUCGUGUCAUGAAAAUUCGCUCAUUUUCCACACCUUCACAAUGGAGGCAUGUGCCAACGAAGCAAAAUCCAGCUGAUGUGCUUUCCAGGGGAUGCAAAGUCUUGAAUCUUAUAUCGAACUCUCUCUGGUGGCAUGGUCCUAGUUGGCUGCAGGAAGAUAGUAGUCAAUGGCCUCCAGAAUUUUCUCCAGAAGAACAGCCUGCGCCUUCAGUUUGUACUGCAGUGCUUGAUUCUAGGACUGAUCCAAAUGCCAUCUAUAAUCAUCUCAUAGAGCAUUGCAGUUCAUUCAUCAAAGCCACCAGAGUUGUUGCAUGGGUUUCCAGAGCAGCAACCAAGUUCAAGCAACCACGAAGAAGAGUCACAAGAAGUUCUGCAAAUGCAGAUGAGUCUUUUCCAUUUCUGACGGUGACAGAAUUACAAGUGGCUGAAAAAUUCCUGAUCAAGUGGGAACAAGAGAACCAUUUGAAGACAACCUUAGAGAAAAUCCAGUCGAAUCGCAGAAACAAGGUUGAUAGAUACCUGCGAACACUUUACCCUUUUGUGGACAUUGAUGGCAUUUUGCGAGUUGGGGGAAGAAUUGAUUCCGCUCAUGAGAAUUAUGAUGCCAAAUUCCAAAUCAUUCUCCCUCACGGGAAACUGGCCGAGUGGAUUGCUGAAGCAGAGCAUGUGAGACUCCUUCACUCUGGACCUCAGGAAACUCUUUCAUCAAUUCGAAGAAGAUUCUGGCCUGUCAAGGGGAGAAGUUUGGUUCGAAGGGUAGUGCACAAAUGUGUAGUUUGUAUUCGAGCGAAACCGAAGAUGUCAGAACAACUGAUGGGAUCUCUUCCAGAGUACAGAGUUACUCUCACUAGACCCUUUUUGCACACAGGAGUUGACUUGACUGGCCAUGUUUUAAUCAAAAGAGCCCCAAGAGGAUCUGCCCAAGAAAAAGCCUAUGUUUGCAUAUUCAUAUGCAUGUGCACAAAAGCUGUUCAUUUGGAAGUUCUCACCUCGCUUUCAACGAAGGCUUUUAUCAGUGCAUUUCGAAGGUUUAUUGCGAGACGUGGCAUGCCAUCACACAUGCACAGCGACAAUGGCACCAAUUUUGUGGGGGCAUCGAAAGAACUCUAUCAGCUUCUGAAAGAACAUGCCACUCAGCAAGAAUUGUCUGAUUUGUCAUCAAGUCUUCACAUUCAAUGGCUGUUCAACCCUCCUCUAGCUCCCCACCAAGGCGGAUUAUGGGAAGCCGCAGUGAGAAGUUUUAAGCAUCAUUUCGUGCGAGUGGUAGGGCGAGCAAUAUUGACGUAUGAGGAACUAAAUACUGUUGUGAUACAGAUUGAGGCAGUGUUAAACAGCAGGCCACUGGUGGCAGUGACUGAUCAUCCAGGAGACUACAAAUGUCUUACCCCUGGAGAUUUUUUGAUUGGCCAUGCUCCAACCCAAUUGCCAAUCGGACCAGAUGAUCCUGAACAAAUAGACACUUUGAGGCGUUGGCAACUUUGCACCAAACUGAGGAAUGAUUUUGUGCGACGUUGGAAAGUCGAGUACUUACAUUCGUUACAACAACGCCAUUUAUGGAACCAAGAGAGCCCCAACAUUGCCAUAGGAGAUGUAGUAUUGCUAAAGUCGGAGUCUGCAGCAAAUGUUGAGUGGCCUAUGGGCCUUGUCGAAAGUGUACUACCAGGAAGGGAUCAGAAAGUUAGGGUGGUGGUGGUAAGAGUGAAUGGCAAAUCCUUGAAACGACCUAUUACGAAGUUAGUGAAACUUUUAAUCGAAGAAAAGCAAUAA